AGAAGUGUGGCAAAUAUGCAGAGGGCGUUAUUUUUCGACGCAAACAUUCAUGACCUAUCGAGAUCCAUAAGAUCAAAAGUUUUACAGCAUUUUUGAAUUUUUAAUACUGUUACGUAUAUUAUUACGUAUAUCUUCUCACUGCCUUAGAUCAUGUCAAAGAGCAAAAUUCAACAUCAAGUUGACAAUGGUAUUGUAGCUGUUAAGAGUAAGUUUGAUGCUGACAUUAUAAGAUUCUCAGUUCGAAGAAAUGAGCCUAUCAGUUAUGAAGAUUUUAGAAAGCUAUUAGCAGAACGUCAUGAUAUUGGUCCUGAAUUAAACUUUCUUAUUUGGUAUACGGAUCCAACAGAUGGAGAUUUAUUGCCUAUUAACAAUGACAACAAUUUGGCGAGAGCAUUACUUGCUGCAAAGCCACUUCUUAGAAUAUUCAUACAAAGGAAAGGUGAUGGAUUGGAAGAUAUAAAUGGAUAUGGUACAAUGAAACCAAAAAAUUUAAUUUCAAGUAUACUUGGUGGUACUCCUGGCAAACCAAAGUCUUUGGCAAUAUCAAACCCACAUGAUUUUCGGCAGGUAUCUGCGAUCAUUGAUGUGGAUAUAUUACCUGAAACUUGUCGCCGUGUUCGACUUUUAAAACAUGGGUCAGAUAAACCAUUAGGUUUCUAUAUUAAAGAUGGUGAAAGUUUUCGAAUAUUGCCACCAUCAGCUGGAGGUGGAAUUGAAAAAGUACCAGGAGUCUUUAUUAGUAGAUUAGUACCAGGUGGUUUAGCAGAAAGCACUGGUCUGUUAGCAGUAAAUGAUGAAGUAUUAGAAGUUAAUGGAAUAGAAGUUGCUGGAAAGACUCUUGAUCAGGUCACUGAUAUGAUGAUAGCAAAUUCUUCAAACCUCAUAAUAACAGUUAAACCUGCCAACCAACGAGCCGCUCUUGCAGCACCACGACGUGGUUCCUUUUCACGUAAUAGCCAAUUAUCAUCAGGAAGUCAUCAAUCAACACAAAGUGCAGCUACAGGUAGUGAUGAAGAUGCAGAUGAAAUUUUAGAUUUAACAGGUGUCACACUUCAUGAUGAGGCAGCAACAUCUGUAUCUCAACAUCAUCAUUUUCAUCAACAUCAUCAUCAUCAAAAUCAUUUUAAUCACGACCAGGGGGUUUUGCAUCUGUAGAUAAAAGGUAAACUAAAAAUUGAAUUAUAUCAUUUCAAAAGAUUAGCAUGCAUGAUAUGAAAGUAUUGAGGUACAUUACUAUCAUGAACAGAAUUGUAUAUUUUGUGCUCUCUUAAAUCUAUGUAUUGUUUUAUAUUAUAUUAUACUAUAUAAUAUAAAAUAUUAAUAUUACGUAAUUCUUUUGCUAUUUGUAAUGAUAGUAACGAAAUUUCAAUAUUUCCUUGAUUCUAAAUAUUCAAUAUUUGCUUAUAUGAAAAAUUAAAAAAGAAAUCACUCGAUGAUACAUAUAGUAUAAAUAAAUAAUGUCAUUGACAAUAAAGGCAGCAAAGUAAUUAUAAAAACAGUUUUUUAUAAUAUUACCAUUUUUAUUAAAACUGUUUUUAUAUAUCUUGAAUAAUAAUCUAUAUAUAACAUACUAAAAAAAAUAUUGAAAAUUAGAAGAUAAUAUAAAGUAUUUUUUACAUGCAAAUGUCUUUCAAAAAAAUAAACAUUUUCUUAAUUUAAUAAUAGCUUAACUUUAUAUAUAUACAGUCAGGGACAAAAAUAAGUGGGCAGGUACUAGAAAUAGAUAUUAAUGAAGUUUAAUUAAAUUAACAUGACUGUUAUAUUCUUAAGUUUAUUUAUUAUAUAUUCUUGUAGGAUAUACAUUAUUCAAUAAUUAAUUGAAUUUCAUAUUUAUAUUUUUGUGUAAACAAGCUAUACUAUUUGUCAAGAGAUAAAAAUAAGUAGACACAUAAUACAAUACGUAAUAAACUAGAUAAUAAAAUUAAUACUUGAUAUUGUCACCUUUUGAAAGUUUUGACUUGAAUCCUAUUAAGAAUCUAUGGAGUUUACUAGAUGUGAAAGCGAAACAAUAAGAUGGAUUUUAUCAGAAGUUUACAAUUAGUAUUUAGAAAUAUUAAUAAAGAUUAUAUUGAAAAUUUAAUAAAAAGUGUUCGACGACAUUUGGAUCUAGUAAUUAAAGCAAGAGACGUGAAUACCAAGUAUUAAUUUUAUUAUCUAUUUUAUUUAUUAUGUAUUAUGCAUCCACUUAUUUUUGUCUCUUAACAAAUAGUUAACAUUUUUGUUAUGUACGAUUUAUUUAUACAAAAAUGUAAAUACGAAUUUCAAUUAGUUACAGAAUAAUGUAUAUACUAUAAGAAUACAUAAUAAAUAAAACUUAAGUAUAUAACAAUCAUGUUAAUUCGAUCAAAUUUCAUCGUUAUCUAUUUUCAGUACUUAUCUACUUAUUUUUGUCUCUGACUGUAUUUAUGAAUAAUAGAAGUGAUGUGUAAAAAUUCCUUAAAUUAAUAAAAAUAAUAAUCCUUUAAAUUAAUGAAAAUAAAUUCUAAGCAAGGACACAUAUAUACAUUGCUUUUUUGAUACAUAGCAAGUAAAUAUUAUAAUUAGCAUAGUACUUUAUAAAAUUCAUUAGAAUAUAAAUAUACAUUAUUAUAAUGAACAAACACAUACAAUCAAAUUUACACUUAUAUCAAUUAAAAAUAGUAAUUUAUUAUAAAAUAUUACCAUGACAUAAAAACAAAGUUAAAGCAAUAUUAUUCAAGAACUAUCUUUUUGCUAUUUCUAUUACUUCAUAAAUUUUUAAAAAGUGCCUGAUUAUUAUUAAGAAACUAAUAGAUUUUUCAUUUUACUCUAAUAUCUAAUAAAACAAAAUACAAUAUAUAUAUAUACAAAAAGUAUCUACUGAUAAAAAAGGUUGUGAUAUAAAAAUAGUAAUCAAAGAGAGAAAUGUGUUGCAAGUGCAAAAAUAUAUAUUUUGUUAUGUGUUCCUUAGAAUUUGUUUAUACUUAUUAGAAAGAACUUAUAUAAAUACGUACGAACUAAUUAAAAGGAAAUACAAAAUAAUGAGAAGUAAAACACAAAAUAUGCAAUUCAUUUUUAUGCAUGUCACAUCAUACUUUCAUUCAUGUUAAUCAGUCAUACAAGUAUUAAAACUUUAAUGAUGUACUUAAUCAUUUGAUACUACUUAAAAAGUAGAUCAAUAUGAGGAAAAAUUAAAUUUCUUUUUUAUAGAAGUACUUAGUUUUACUAAAUUAUAUUUUAUAGCAUAACUUAGACGAUGCAAUGGAAAAAGACACUCAUAAAUAUUGGUAUUGAUCGUAUUGUAAUAAUUUGCUUGCUUUUAAGAAUAUUUACUUGUAUAUAAUGCAAAAAAUUAAAUUCAAUAAUUUAAAUUAUCAUUAUGUGUAAAAGAGGUCUUUAUAUAAUAACAGAAUUGUAAAUAAUUGAUUAUCAACUGGUAUAUUAAUAAAAAACGUACAGAGGGAGCAUAUUUUUAAUCAGAUAAAUAGGUGUACUGUAACAGAGUGGCCUUAAAUGUAAAUCAUUCCAAAUAUCAUUUUUUACGUGAAUAUAUUGAAUAUUAUGGGAUAUCAAUACACGCCUAUUCGUGUAUCUACUCUGUUUAUUCUACAACAUGUUGAAAGUGUUGAAGUUUUUGAAUUUUAAUUCCAUUUUUAUGAAUGUUAUUUAUUAUCUAAUUGAGAGUUAGGUAUGAGCUAUAAUGUAUUGUAUAAUUAGUAGGCAUAAAAAUUAUGAAACAUGGCAAAUUAAGAACUUAUGCAUAUAAAAUAUCAUGUGCUCUUCCAUUAUUUCCUCAUUGAUUAAAAAGUAAUAGUGUGAAUAAUAUCACAUUCCACUUCUUUAGUACAAUGGAGCACAUAAUUUCAUCACUGCAAAAAAAAUAUUUUAUACAUUCGAUGAAGCAAUUUUUUUUUCUUGUUCAGAUGUAUAAAUAAGUGAAUUACAGAAAUUAUAUUCAGUGCUUGUUAUUCAAUUGUUCUUUAUUAUAUUUAAACUUUCACAUUAAAAUUAUAUUAUUUAAUAUAUAGUGAACAUAAAAAGUACUUGUAGAACAGCUAAUUUCAUCUUAUUACUUUUAUAAUUACAACAUAAUAUAAAGUUUAAGUAAAAUUAAUUGCUAUAUAAAUACUUUUUAUGUUCACCAUAAAUUUUUGCCAUGGAUACUCAUUCUACCACUGUAGUAUUGAAGGUUUAACAUAUCAUGUAUCAUAUAUUAUACUCCAGAGAAUAUAACUUUUAUUUACGUUAAUAACAUUUAUAAUCAGUGUAAUUUGAAUAUAAGCCAGAAUAUCUUUUAAAUAAAAUCAUGUGAAAAUUUUGGUGGACGGAUAUAGUAUAUGUAUAAAAUUAUCGUGUGUUUAUGUACACAGUGUGUCUAUAGAUGCAAUGAGUUAUGUUCGAUUUAACAAAGAGCAAUAAAAUAAAAUCUUAUUUCGUUAAUAUUAUGGAAAAAGUAAAUGAGAAGAAGGGAUGUAGAAAUCUCGUUGCUGAAUUAUUCUAUAAAUAUACUGUAUAUGUCAUUUAAAGCAAGCAGCUUUUGUACUUAAUUAGAAUAUAUAUUAAAGAUGUGAAAGAGUAUAUAACUUGAAA